UCGUUGGAGCUGCUCGCCAGCCUGCAAUCCAACAUGGAGUAGAGAGAGAUGGGGCUCUAGCGGGGCCACCCCUCGGUAACAACAGCGACGACGCGCUUUUUACGCACAACUGGAACCGGAGUCGUCGGCGAAAACAUGCGCCUGUAAGAGUUUAGAAGAGGAGUGUGUAGCUGUGUGUGUCCGUGCGUGUUUGUGGAGGGAGGGAAGGAAGGAAGGAGGGAGGGGGGCGAAGAGAAGAGCUGGAUUCGGCGAUUAAAUUGUCUUGUGUUGGCUUCGUUACCCGCUGAAGGGCGAUGGGCUGCUAAAGUUAGAGAGGGAAAUCGGGGGCACAUUCGCGAUCCAGGAGCAACGGUGUGUGGCUCCGGAGGGAGGAAGGAGCGCGGAGAAGAGGCAGACGGAGGCGCAGAGGCUUUCGAAGGCGAGCCACGGAGCCGACACUCGCACAAAGGCGCAGAGGGGGAUUUAUGCGGAAUUGGAGACAGAAACGGAGGAGCCGCGGUGAAAGAAUGACGAGCGAGAAGUAUGCAACCGCCGUGGUACAUUACCUGAGGUGAAACGAGAAAAUGAUAGAAGAAACACACCCAAACGAUGACAGCUACAUCGUGCGUGUGAAAGCGGUGGUGAUGACACGGGACGACUCGAGCGGCGGCUGGCUGGCCCAGGACGGGGGAGCUCUGACCAGAGUGGGCGUGUGCCGCCUCCUGCCGCCCGAGUUGGCACCCGUUCCGACCUCCAGCAGCUCCCAGUUCCUCAUCCGUGGAGAGCGACUACGAGACAAGCAGGUGAUCCUGGACUGUCCGCUGAGGAAGGAUCUGGUGUACACCAUAGCGACGCCCACAUUUCAUCAUUGGAAAGUGGAGGAUAGGAAGUGUGGCCUGUCCUUCCAGAGUCCAGCGGACGCCAGAGCUUUCGACAGGGGGGUACGGAAAGCAAUAGAGGAUCUGGCUGAAGGCUCCACCACCUCCUCUACAGCACUCCAGAAUGAGGCCGAGCUGGGUGACGAUGACGUCUUUACUAAUACCACAGACAGCUCAUCCAACUCCUCCCAGAAGCUGGAGGGCUCGCUACAGCCGCUCGAGUCCUCGCCUCUUCCGCAGAGACACAAGUGUGUGAUGGGACAUCGCCAUGACCUCCAUGACCCCUACCGGCUCUCAGACCACUUCUUCUUGGACCAGCCGUUGUCUCGGCUUACCCGCCACGUCACUUUCCAGGAGGACGAGGAAAUUGUCCGUAUCAACCCUCGGGAGCGCAGUUGGGAGCGAACCACAGAGCAUCGCCUCGGACGGCAGUCAGAUCGCCCCUGGCUCCGGGGCUAUGAGGACUACCGCCACGCCACUGUGCGUGACAAGUUCAUCCAAAUGGAAGACUCGGAGUCCUAUGUCCACUUUGCUAAGACUGAUGCACAGAAGCACGACUACACCUACCCUCUGGCACCGGCCCUGUCGCCUUCAGACUCUGACCCUGCCCUCGGACCCUUGACCAAUAAGGGCCACGGCGGCUCCUAUCGACAGGGCUUCUCCUCGGUUGUCUCCACGCAGCCCCGCUCUUUCCUCCCCAGCUCCUCGCCAUCCACCAAUGGCGGGAAGGGGCGGAAAGAGGGAGGCAUGGAGCGCGCACAGUGCGAACACUGUGGCGAGGCAUUCUACGUCGCCGACAACCGGAGAGGCCGGUGCCAGGAUGCUCCGGACCCUGUGAGGGCGUGCAUUCGGCGGGUCAGCUGCAUGUGGCUGGCGGACACCAUGCUUUACCAUUGCAUGUCUGACCCAGAGGGGGACUACUCAGACCCCUGCUCCUGUGAUGGAGGGGAGGGCGGUGGGGGAGGGCGGCUCGGCACACGCUGGUCAGCUCUGCUCGGCUUGUCUCUGGUGGCGCCCUGCCUCUGCCUCUAUCCGCCCCUCCAUGCUUGCCACCGGGCGGGGCUCACGUGUGGGUGCUGCGGAGGCCGACACAAGGCCCUGAGCUGAGCCGCCGUGCUUGAAAAUGACUAAACAAUCUAAACCCAACGCAAGCACAGGGAAAGGGAAGGAUGGGGGGAAAUGCACAAGAGGACAAGUUGUCAUGGCUGCUCGCUCUCUGCCUUGGUUUCUCUGGGUUUCUCUACAAAUUCCAGACACUGAAAUAAGCCAAAUAAAUACUUGGUGCAUUUUCUGAACGGCCUGGGAAGAUAAGCUCCCCCUUACGGCAGAAAGUUCUCUCACCUCUCUUCACGUGGCCAUUUCACGCUCUGUUUCUAGUGAGAGAGCACUCUUUUUUUCAGGGGGCCUUUUUUUUUUUUUUUUUUUAUAGCUGACCUAUAUGUCAUGUAUCGCAUAUGCAGGUACUUUAUACUUUGUACACUGACUUGGCGUCAAAGAACUUGAAUUGUUUCUUUAUUCUAUUUUCUUUUCUCUCUCCUUUUGAUGUAUGCGUGGCCAUUUUGUUUAUAUUCUAUUCCAAUAUCAGGCCACCUCAACUCAACUCCAGCUACCAGAGAAAUCAGACACUACACCUCUUUAUAUGUGCAAGUAUAUGUAAGUGUGUGUGUGUGUGUGUGUGUGUGUGAAUGGUGUAUGUACAUGCAUACAAGUGUGCGCUGAGGCCUUUUGUUGUCUGUGCUGCAGCUUAUAGUUAAGCUCAUGUAUAUAGUCCACAUAGCUCUCCGCCAUCGACAUCUUCUUUGUUUACUGAAACAAACGUGGUACUCCAUCUUAAUCAUCUUCUAAUAUCCCAAAGAUUAAUUUUUAUCCUAUUUAUUUUCUCACUGAACUGAUCCACCAGCAAAAAAAAAAAAGUAGUGCUGGUGUGUGUGUGUGUGUGUGUGUGUGUGUGUGUGUGUGUGUGUGUGUGUGCGCGCGAUAUACUCACUGAAAGAGCCGGUGCCUCGAGUCAUGCUACACUACUCUCUCUCUCCCUGCUCCUUUCAUGUUAUUUCAAACAGUGCCUAAACUAUCACCAAAAUCAGGAACUCCAAAUUCCAGUCAGGUUUUUUUUUUGUUUUUAUUUUUGCUCGUUUUAUUUACCGUACACUUGAAGCAGAGUGAGAUUUUUAAGGCUCUUAUUUCCUCCGAAGUCCAUUUCACAUCGAGGACAUUAGCGUUGGCUCAUGUGGAGAUCCAUGUGAACGCCUGUUUUGCCUUAAGAUUUGGGGCCUGGCUCCAAGAAUCACCCCCCCCCCCCCCCGAAGAUGUCUGCUCGAAAGAAAAGCGCGAGCACUGUCAAGGCUCCAAGCAAUCAGUCUCAUUGUGUACACUUAGAAACUUGGUUUAAAGUAUUUUUGUAAUGAAAAGGAAGUGUCACGCAACGGUUCCCGUCGAGCAUGUAGACUACGGACUCCAGUUUGCCUGCGACGUACAAUCAGUUCCCACCGGUCACAUUUGUGGCACCUUAAGUCUGAAGAAAACUGAUAUUUUAAUGAGUGAAAACAGCUUCUACUGCGACUAAAUCUACUCUGACACUGUUCACUCUCUACAGAAAACUCAAUUUACAGUAGUUCCUAUUAUGUUAAGUCAUUAUAAGACAUUACGGAUGUGCAAAACUCAACGUUACACUUUUGUUGUGAACCUUUUUCUAAUGCCAUAAUCCUUUUCUGGUGUUAAAGGAAUAGUUUGACAUUUUCGAAAAUGACUCCUCUCCUAAAGAGAGAGGAUUAAUACCACUCAUGUGUGCAUUAAUUAAAUAAGUUAGUUCAGCAUAGCACAGCUCUGUGUACAGUGACGAGCUAGAAAAUGUACACGGGAAGUGUUUUUGUUUUUGUGUUUAUACUUGUGUUGUUGUUUUUUAGUCUCGCUCCUACUGCACUCUCAAACUAUUCCUUUAAAGACGAAAUAUUUUACUGCAAAUAUGCAUCCACGGCUGAUGCCUGUUGCCAAGUGGAAGAUGUCAUUAUUAUUAUUAUUAUUAUUAUUAUUAUUAUUAUUAUUAUUAUUAUUAUUAUUAUUGUUAAAAGUAUCAGAUCAGUUCAGAAUCCCAACAGUUAAAACUCAAGCUCUUAAAGGAAAAUCAAAUUUCAGUGAAGUGACAGCCGGCGCGGGUGCUCUAAGCUUCGUCGAUGCCUGGUUGAGGCUAUCUUUUUUGGGGAGGGGGAUGUGACUGGGAACACAAUAAGCUUUCUGAAAAUAAAUAUGAAAUAAAUAAAGGCAGGACGUCAGUCAGGUCCUCUGAUGAAAGACUGGGAGUAAAAAAAUAAAAAAAAUUAAUCCUGGACACAAACAUCCAUCCCUGAUUGUUUUGCCAAGGAAAUGUCACUUACUUACUGUAGUUGAAAUACAGAAUGCUUGAGGAUGUCCUUCCUUCCCUGGUUGUGUCUGUUUCAUACAUCCUGUCCUGUGCGUGUGUGCGCGUGUGUGUGUGUAUGUGUGUGUGUGUGUGUGUGCGCACGCGCCACAUCCCUUUCCUUGAUCCAAAGCUACUGGGAUCAGCUGAAUUUGCAAUCACAUACUAACACCUAUCCAUGUAUAAUUACAUCCUUCAGUGAUGUGAUGCAUCAGGAACAGGGCAAAUCAGAUUGUAUAAUGUGUGUCUGUGUGUCUGUGUGUGUGUGUGUGUUUGUGUGUGUGUGUAGACAUGCCAUCUCUUCUCUGUCUCGUCUGAGUGUGUCCUCACAUGUCAGAGCCAUUUACAAGUGCCUGAACGCAUCCUCUUUUAUCUCCUCGUGUAUUUAAAUUGAAAAAAAAACUAAAAGAAACAACUCCCUGUCAUGAAUUAGACCCAUUUUUUUACGCUUAGUAUUUUUACCUCUGUAAAAAAAAGAGCAAAAAUUAUAUUAUAUAUAUCAAGUGUAUGUUGUACAUUUUUAUUUCUAUUUUGUUUUUUUGUUUUUUUUUAAAAAUAACUGUUUCUAACAUGUACGAUGGAUGUAGCUCAUGUUUUUCGAGAAGGAACAGGAAGUACUUUGUAGAUACUGACGGGUGGCCAGGUCUGUGAGAAAACUAAAGUGAAAUGUGUGUCUUUCCGCCUCCAAUAAAAUGAGAGAAAACAGUGAAACCA